AUGGAUAAUAACACUGAAUUUGUUAGAUACGAUGGGUUUCGAAAGGCGGUGAACUUUUCACUUGAGGCAACGCUCAAUAAGUUUACUUUAGAUAAGCUACAGGAGUGCUACCCUAUGAUUGAUGCUGAGGUACUUGAGUUUGUGAGGAGGCAGAUUGUGGAGUUAUGGAAAGAAAAGGCUGAGACCGAAUGUGAGAAGAUCUACAGAGAUAGACAGAUUAAAGAGAAGCUCAAUGAAUUGGAUAUGAUUGUUGUUGAUGCGAGAGAUAGGCAGGUAAAAAACGAUAAGAAUGUAAUACAUCUAGAUAAGGUGAAGCCUGAGCAGAUCGUCGAGAGUAGAUUGAUUGAGCUCAAAGAAAGAUCAAUUAAGAACAUGGAUGGGAAAUUAUACGAAUUGAAGAAGGAAUAUGGUAGCUUGAUGGACGAAUUGAAGGGGUUGACAAGCGCAACGAGCCAAGAGGCAGAGAAGGUAGAGAGAGUGAUUAGGGAGUUAGAAGGUUUGCAUGGAGAGGUGAUAGGAGACGAGCAAUUUGAAGAUCUAUUGAAGUUGAAUAAGGAAUAG